UUUGACAAACUGGUCACGCUGAGUACAAAAGCAAAAGCAAUUCGGAGAUUUCAUUAAAUUUUAAAACGCGGAAAAACACAUAAAAAACCGAAGAACUAAGUUAAAAAAAGCGGUACACGUCGAGAGUGAAGUGCAAAAAGCUAAGUAAACAAGUUUAAAGCGAGUUUAUUACUCUGUGAAAGCCUAGCGAGCUGUGAAAUUGUUAAGGCUGCUGGUCACUAUAUGUCCAGGUCGCGUUCAUCCGCAAAAGCCGUGCAGUUCAAGCACGAAUCGGAGGAGGAGGAGGACGAAGAGGAGGAGCAACUGCCUUCCAGGAGGAUGCACUCGUUCGGGGACGCAGGCGCCAUCGGGAGCGGGGUGCCGGCCUUCUUGGCCAAGUUAUGGCGCCUGGUCGACGACGCCGAUACCAAUCGCUUGAUCUGCUGGACCAAGGAUGGCCAAAGUUUCGUUAUACAAAAUCAGGCGCAAUUUGCCAAGGAAUUGCUGCCAUUGAACUACAAGCACAACAACAUGGCUAGCUUCAUCAGGCAAUUGAAUAUGUAUGGAUUCCACAAGAUCACCUCCAUUGACAACGGAGGGCUGCGCUUCGAUCGCGAUGAGAUUGAGUUCUCCCAUCCCUUCUUCAAGCGCAACUCCCCCUAUCUGCUCGACCAAAUCAAAAGGAAGAUAUCGAACAACAAAAACGGGGACGACAAGAGUGUGCUGAAGCAGGAAGCCGUGUCGAAGAUCCUCAGCGAUGUGAAGGUGAUGCGCGGCCGCCAGGACAACCUGGACUCGCGCUUCUCCGCCAUGAAGCAGGAGAACGAGGUGCUGUGGCGCGAGAUCGCCAGCCUGCGCCAGAAGCACGCCAAGCAGCAGCAGAUAGUCAACAAACUGAUCCAGUUCCUAAUCUCCAUUGUGCAACCAUCGCGCAACAUGUCCGGCGUCAAGCGCCACAUGCAACUGAUGAUUAACGAUACGCCCGAGAACGAUCGUGCCCGCACCACCAGCGAGACGGAGAGCGAGGGCGGCGGCGGCCCGGUCAUCCACGAGCUCAGCGAGGAGUUGCUCGACGAGGUGAUGAAUCCCUCGCCGACUGGCUACGCCGCAGCUUCGCAGUACGACCAGGAGAGCGCCUCCCCGCUGGCCGUCGAGCGUCCACGUUCAAAUAUCAGCAUAAGCUCGCACAACGUUGACUAUUCGAAUCAGAGCGUCGAGGACUUGCUUCUCCAGGGAAAUGGAACUGCUGGCGGUCAUCUUUUGGUCGGCGGAGGCGCUUCUCCGCUCGCCUCCAGUGUGAGUCAGUCGCCGGCCCAGCAUGUUCUCUACACGGUCACCGAGGCACCCGAUUCCCAUGUUCAGGAGGUGCCCAACAGCCCGCCCUAUCACGAGGAGCAAAACGUGCUCACCACGCCUAUGGUGCGGGAGCAGGAGCAGAAGCGUCAGCAGCUCAAGGAGCAGAACAAGCUUAGGCGACGCGCUGGAGAAGAUACGAUCGAUCCCGCCCCAAUUCUGGUGGAAGAAGGCCUGCCCAAGGUGCAGCGCAAAGGCUCCCAGGUUAAUGUGCAAUCUGAUGUAAUGGUCCAACCAAUGAUUAUCAAGGCCGAGCCGGAGAACAACUCCGGACUGAUGGAACUCAUGAACCCCUCAAACUCUGAUCUGUACGAUGUGGACUUCAUCAGUGAAGAUAUGCCGACAGACAUUUUCGAAGACUCUUCUUUGCUCUCUGCUGGCGUAGAGGAGGCAACCAAGCUGGAUCAGCAGCAGAAAUUUGGACAAUCGACCGUGAGCAGCGGCAAGUUUGCCAGCAAUUUCGAUGUGCCCACCAACAGCUCUCUGCUGGAUGCGAAUCAGGCCUCGACAUCGAAGGCUGCGGCCAAGGCGCAGGCCAAUGAGGAGGAGGCCAUGACUGUGGCCAAGUACACGGGCAGCGAGAACGGAUCCCAACAACGAGACCCCAACAACGGUCAACUACUGAGAAUCCCUUCAGUGUUAGUAGACAAGAAGCAUUCAACCACCAACCAGAACAGCCAUAAUCAAGAGGCUAAUUCUUACUGUUGCAGUGAUGACCUCCACGGACACUUGGACAGCAUGCAAGAUGAGUUGGAGACACUGAAGGAUCUGCUGCGUGGCGACGGGGUGGCCAUAGAUCAGAACAUGCUUUUGGGUGCGCCGGGCAGGACGCCGAUUUUUCAGUUGACCGAGGACGAGCUGCUUCUAAAGCUUUUCAAUGACUCCGAUCUGAUGGACAACUAUGGCUUAUCUUUUCCCAAUGACAGCAUAAGCAGUGAAAAGAAGGCGCCCAGUGGCUCAGAACUGAUUUCCUAUCAACCCAUGUACGAUCUGUCCGACAUUUUGGACACCGACGAUGGCAACAAGGAUCAGGAGGCCAGCAGACGGCAGCUGCAGACGCAGAACUCUGUUUUGAAUACGCCACGUCACGAGUUGUAACUUAUAUUAAGUAGUGGCAGCCCAGGCUACUAUCUGGCGAACCAUUUGUUUUUAGUUUGUAAUGGAAUCAAUCUUUAAAAAGUUAAUUUUCUUCACUUGCUCUGUCUAACCCUUUAGUUGAUUCAUAUUUAUAAUCAUAUUAAUCACCGUAAUCAUAUUAAUGAUGCUGUAUAUGCCUUACGCACUAUAUAUAUGAUAUAUAGACUAACCAGUUCUUGUUGUAGAAAGACUCGAAGAAUCAGUUAAUAUUUAGAUGUAUUUUGUAUCCGGGGAUUUUGCGAGCCUCGGCUCCGGUAGAAGAUUUUUAGUUUGCACUAACCGAUCGAGAGGAUUGAACACUGCUCGGAUCGUGGACGAUUUAAGAUCGCACUUUUAUUAAUCUAUAAUAAAUUGUUUUAAGCCGCGUUAA